CUCGGCGCGGUCGCGGCUCUGCCGCCUGCCACGUCCCGGUGCCGGCCACGUCCCGGCGCGGCCCGAGGGCGCUCCCCCUGCCGGCCGAGGGUCGAGGGCCGGGCCGCCGCGGUUGUACUCCUGGCCUCCUCUGAAGUUCCAUUUGCCUCCUUGAAACUGAGUUUCCAAAUCUGGCGUCUGCCUUUAUCUCCGUGCCCACGAAGCAUGCCAUGGCCUGGCAGUGCCCCGCCAAGCUGCUCUCCUGCGGAGCCAGAGCCUAUCUGGCAAGCACACGGAGCCACGCCCACAGAGCCACACCCACAGCUCUCCAGGCCGAAGAAGACCUAACCUUCCAGCAUGUGCUGAGCAGCUAGCUGUCUCUGAUUCCUCGGCCACACAGAAGGAACCACUGACAGCCUGACGGGCUAGCCAGGAGCCCGGGGGUCCGCCAGUCCUGCCCCCUGCUCGCUCACAAGAUGUGGACAGCCCUCAUGCUGCUUUGCCUUUCCUCCUUGCCCUUAUCUGGAGGCCGGGUGGCAUCGAGUGAGCCACGACACUUAGUCCCUGUCAGAACAUGGCACACACUGGUGAAGAGAAACGCAUCUGUGGACUCAGGUCCAAGGGUUGAGGUGUCCGAGGAGACAACCGCGGUGACUCCCCCUCUUGUCACUGUGAGCAGCCAGACUUUGCCAGCCAGACUCAACUUCACUCACGCCCUCCCAGGGGCAGCCAACGGGACAAACGCCAGUGUCACUCACAGCCUCCCAGGGGCAGCCAGCGGGACAAACGCCAGUGUCACUCACAGCCUCCCAGGGGCAGCCAGUGGGACAAACGCUAGUGUCACUCACACCCUCCCAGGGGCAGCCAACGGGACAAACGCCAGUGUUCCGGCGGCCGCCGGCAGGACGGCUGGUGCUGUGGCCUCCAGCGCUCCCAGCCCCACGUUCCCCCGCGCCACGGCCUCUGGCCCCGCGUCUUCACGGCGGGCUCCGGCUGUGACUGCGACUGCCACCGGGCCACCCCCUCCCAGCACACGUCACGCACAAGUGCCAAGUACAACUGCCAGCGUGCCAACAGCACCUUCCCCUCGGGCAGCCACCGCCCAAACGCGCGGUGCCCCCGGCCCCCCAGGCCCUGCCGCGCCCACAUCUACUCACUCCACUGCGAGCCCUGCUCCCCCCACGGGUCCCCAAGCACAAGGUCCCACCACUCUGGUGGUGACCCUCCAGCCAGUGCUCACCAUGGCCGAGAGGACCCCACCCUGGCCCCCCAGUCGCCACCUCGGAGCCCAGCACCCCCACCCCCGCGGUGACCCCAGUGACCUCAGCAGGGGUGAUACCACCCAGGCACGAGCCAGGGAGCCGCCUGCCAGCACAGCGCCGGCCCCCCACACCAGCCCGGCCCCCACAACAGAAGCCAUAACCCCCACAACACCGCCACGCCCCACACCAUCCGGCUCGGGACCUGGGGGGCCAAGCGCAGCUCAGACACCAGGGCAAGGGGAGACCAGAGCCACGCCUGGCACUGGCCCCACGCCUUUGAACUCAGGGGACCAGAGGCUGCCAGCCACAGACUCGUGCCAGCCCAGCACCCACGUCCCACACCUGCUGGUCACCCCCAAGCCCCUGGCUCCCUUCCUGGUGAACAGAACGUCCCUCCUGGUGGUGCUCAUUCUCGGGGUGGCCCUGUUCGUCACGGUUGUGGUGGUGUUCGCCCUGCAAGCCUAUGAGAGCUACAAGAAGAAGGACUACACGCAGGUGGACUACCUGAUUAACGGCAUGUAUGCAGACUCAGAGAUGUGAGGGCGCGGGCUGCCCCCCUCCAUGCCCGCGGCGCCGAGGCCCAACCAAGUGCUUCCAGAUCCUUUGGUGCCAUUUCGGAGAUACACCAGACAGAUGCUUAAUCGCUCCCAGGCCCAUCCCCCAAUCAUUGCAGAGUUGCUUUUUUCGUAUUUAUUUUUGUAAGCAAUUGUGUGCACGGGCAGCCAGCGGCUGUGCCACAGAGUCGGAUGUGGUGGCGAGGCGUGUGGGGCCACCGGCCACCUCCCCCCUGGUGGGUCUCAUCACCGGGAUUAAAGCAAUGAGCCUCACUAUUCA